AGAUUGAGGUGAUUCUUGAGGUGUUAGAAAGCUAAGAAGCAAAGCUACAAUUGUUAUUUUGCAAGAUCAACCCAAUUCAAUCAGUUUCAAGAUAGAAUUCCAGUUCAGAUGCACAGUUUCAAAACCAAGAAAUAAGGUUCCAAAAUCAAGAUGCAACUAUUCAAAACAUAGAAACACAACUUGAAUAGAUUGUUGAUAUGGUUUCUAGAAGAGUUCAAGGGGGUUUGCCAAGCAACAGUGAAAAGAAUCCAAGGGAGCAACUAAAGGUUAUAACUUUGAGGAGUGGAAAAAAACUUAAAAAUGUAGGAAAAUCAGAUGAGAAUGAAAAGGGUGUGGAAGCUGGUGAAUUGAAGCAAGAGGAGAUGCCUAAAACACUUUUUCAUGAUUCGAAUGUCAAACCUUAUGCCAAGUUACGCAAAAUUUUUGAAGGAAAUCCUUACCAAUAAAAGGAAGUUAGAGGAGUUCAAGAUGGUAAAGUUAAAUGAAGAAUACUCUAUCAUUCUUCAAAAUAAGUUACCUCCUAAGUUGAACGAUUCAGGGAGUUUUUCUAUACCUUGUAUUAUUGGCAAUGUUAAUUUUGAUAGGCUUUAUGUGAUUUAGGUGCUAGUAUUAAUUUGAUACCUUUUCAUGUAUUUAGGAAACUUGGAUUAGGUGAACCUUCAUCUACCACAAUCUCUCUUCAAUUCGCAAACAGGGGCAUUAAAUAUCUAAGAGAAGU